AGCGGAAGUCGGGUAGUUGAGGGAGUCCUGAGCGUUUGGUUACCUAGGAGAGCGGCGUGGGGUGCUGCUGUGUGGACACCCGGGGGCUCUCCAGUGCGUCUCCGGAAGGAUCUUAAAAAUUGUACAGAACUUCAAGAUGAGUGAUACUUCUGAAAUGAUUCCAAUUUUUGAAGAGAUGUUUGCCAGCAGAUUCACACAAGAUGACAAAGAAUACCAGGAACACUUGAAACGGCCUCCUGAGUCCCCUCCAAUUGUUGAGGAAUGGAAUAGCAGAGCUGGUGGUAACCAAAGAAAUAGAGGCAACUGGCUGCAAGACAACAGACAGUUUAGAGGUAGGGAUAACAGACGCGGAUGGCCAAGUGACAAUCGAUCAAAUCAGUGGCAUGGACGGUCAUGGGGUAACAACAACUACCCACAGCAGAGACCAGAGCCCUACUAUCAACAACAGUACCCACAGUAUGGCCACAACCAGCGGCCUCCAUAUGGUUACUACUGACAGAUGUCAUCAGCUUUUAACAGAGACCUUUUAUUUUGACACCGUGCUAAAUGCUUGUGUGUCUUCUGUUGGUCAUAGCUUUCAUUCUGUCUUAAAGAAUGGGUUAUUAAUUGUUUGGAACUUGAGACUUGAAAAAAUUAAUCUUAUUAGAAAUGUGAUGAUUGAUAGAAAUAAAUGUAUCAAGUGUGGAUUAUAUUAUUUGACUUUAUCUUACUGUUUUGUUUUAUGAUUUAAUAGUGUUCUGAGUUUGGUCUGUUUUCCUUAUUUGGACUGUAGGGAUUCUGUAUCACAUAAAUAAAAUUUUUAAUUAAAACGCUGGCUUUUGCUUUAUGAAAGAAUAACAUGCUCAGAUGUGCUCACCUCUGAAGUGUUUCAGAGGCUAGGACUGUUGGUCUGUGAAAACACGCCUACAAUUAUUUACAGUGGAUUGUACCUAAUAACAGCAGUUGAGAGGUCAAAAAGUUAUAAUGUGUUGCUUCUGUGUUUGUAUAUGAUCAUGGUAUCUUGUGGUUUCUAAGUGAGUCAGCUCCAGAACUGCUUUGGUCCCUGUGUGGAAGGACUCAUUUUCAGUGCAGCCUCCUGAGGUGGCAGUGGGUGGGAUGGUAGGUAGCACUUAUAUCCCAAGGUUUUUGUAAACUUACAGCAGGGAAGAAACAGAUGUCCUCUAUAACACAAUAAUCAUGUAAAUAUUGUUGCAUUUGACUGUUUUGGUAUUUAACAUGUGUUGAUUUUUGUGAGGUUAUCUUCAUUUUCAAAUGUUGACCUUUGAUGCUUCCUCUUACAGCUAUAGUAAGGCUAUCACUUGCUUCAGAACAAUCAUUCUUGGAAUAUUUUAAUGAUAACAGAGUUAUUCAAAUAAAAAGUUUUAAAAUACUUA